CCUAAAAGAACGGUAUGUGCAUUUCGGUUAAUUUUGUUUAUAGUUUUAAGUCAGCUGAUUCUGACAGACGAGAAAAAACAGGGAUAUUUUGAGCUACCUGAUUGAGUAAGAACCAUGGCAAGUCGUGGAACAACAGAGACACAGAAGUUGCGGCAACAGCUGGAAGAACAGCUGGAUCGACUGGUAGCUCAGCUUGCAGAUUUGGAGGAAUGCAAAGGAGAAUUGGACCCAGAAGAAUACGAUGAGGUUCACAAAGACACAAUUGAACAGCUGAACGAAUUCCAGGCCUCUCUAACUCGCAUGAGCAGUGGGAACAUGACUCUUGUUGACUCACUGAGUGCUAUGCAACUGGCAAUACAGGCAGCCAUCUCCCAAGCCUUCAAGACACCUGAAGUGAUUCAGAUGUUUGCGAAGAAGCAACCUGAUCAGCUGCGUGAAAAGCUGUUCCAGAUUGAGAGAGACCAGAAAAUUGGAAAGCUAACCAUGGAUUCUUAUACACAACAAAAGCUCGAGAUCCUGAGUGCAUUGCAAAAACUGGGAGAAACACUGGAGGAAGGAGAACAAAGCUUCUUAGACGCCCAUGCCUCAUCACUCAUGAAAAACUUUGAUCAAGUCACUGAUGAUGAAGGGUCAACUCAGAAGGUCCUUGAAAUGGCUCGACAGGGACUGCAAUAGACUCAGAUACAAGGUUUAGCAUUACUUACGAUUUGCCAAUAGAUGAAACGACUGUACUUUUCUUCCUACACUAAUGAAUGUUUUUCCUGCAAUUCCUAUCUAUUUCUAUGACAGGAAAAUUUUAUACCUAAGUUAUUGUAGAUUUCUUACCAAGAGUAGCAAGAUUACUAAGGAGAAAGAGUAUGUCCAAAAAGGAGAGGAAUAUUGUUCCAUUACAAAGCAGUUUGUAUGCAUCCACUUUCAGCGUUCAGAUUUUACGUGCCUUUCAGGAAAUAACAGGGAACAUGAUUUAAGUAUAAGUAGGUAGCUUUGUGUCUCAGGAUGUUUGUGGAAUUUUGAAGAAUUACAAAUGAUUUAGAUAUAGGAUUAUUCUCUUGUAUGGGCACACUCUUGUAUAAGAUAUAUAAUUUUUAUAAUCCAUUUUUUUAUGCAUCUUUUUGGCCAUUAUUCAUAGCAGUAUUUUUUAUUAGUCAGAUUCAAUGGGUGAUAUGACUGUAUAGUAUAUUGAUUAUAUUUUAUAUUUUACAGUAGAUAAUGCUGCAAGUCAACUGAUUGAUCUUCCAUACUCAGAUACAUGGGGUUUGUGUAAUUUUUUAGUGUUUUAAACAGUAGAUGGUAAUGAUUUUAUUUUACUUGUUGCAUUCAGUGAUGGUGAAGCAGUUGAUUCAUAUUAUGCUAACAUUUUACAUUUUCUUUUAAUAUGGGUGUGUGGAAAAUAAGAAUCAUUGUCUGUCUAGAAAAAGAGAUUUUUUUUUUAUUAUAAUUACAAUUAUUUGGCAAUUGUCUUUCUCUCUUCUGUAUUUUACUAACCUUAGAACAAGCACAGAAGAAUGUAUUUUUGUACCAAUUAUUAGUAUAGGUUUCGGCUGUGACAGCAAGUGUAGGACAGCUAGUCGUGUGAGGUGUAAAAUAUAAACUGUUCAUUGUGACAUCUGUAGGAAAGGAAUGAAUGUGAACUGAUUAUUUUACAAUGCAUAAUAUGUAAGUAAUAUUUUGAUAUUACAUAAAGUGAUUGAUUCUAAGCA